AUGUGAUGACCAUGAACACGAAAUGGGAAUAGACAUUACAACGGAAGAACAGCGUAUUUGGGAUUUUCUAUUCGAUGUGAAGUACUCAAUGACACGGGGAAUGGUCAUCUCCUUGUCUAGCGGGGUAACAAAAAAUUUGGUCAAUCUGCUGGAGAUGUUAUCUUCGAGAGUAUAUACGGCUUAGAACUCACAAAAACGCUGAUGCGCACUUUGAGGGAGGAAGUGAAGGUCUGCUCUGAUGUAGUUGAUGCUUGGGUAGAUGUGAUGAAUUUUGAAGAACUUGACAGAACCGACGGCUGCCCGACGCGGGUUUAUUUUAGCACAACUGUGAUAGACAGCUGGCUUUUGACGGAUUCUACUUGUGAUGAUGAUGAACGUAUGCAAACGUUCGGCGAAAGGAUGGUCGUAGGCGGCGCAUAUGAUUUCAUUGGGAUCAAAAUGGGGUUCUUUCCAAUCCUCGAGAAUGAUGAAUAUUACAUGCUUGUUUUCGAUCUGGAAAACGGUGAAAUAACCGUCAUAGACCACAAGCCUGAUCGCACACCCUUAGCUGGCAUUAGGGAUCAUCAAGACUACUACAAAAAAGAUACACCAUACAAAGUGAAGCAUAUGCUGGACAAUUAUUUGGAGCAUUGCAAACAUCCGUUAAAGGAUAAAAUUGCACCAGCCAAGAUUAAGAGGUGUGAUAUCCAUUGGGCGACAAGUGCACAUCCAAUGGAUAGUGCAGUAUUCCUUAUGCACCACAUGCAGAAUUUUAACGGCGUUGGUAAACACUUUGAAUGUGGUUUUAGUAGCAACUGGAAGCAAAAGCAAAAACAGAUUCUUACCCUCCGAAAAAAAUUCGCUACACGCAUACUACUCUGUGAUGUGAAUGUGAUGAAGGGAAAGGUUCGUGAUGCUGCAUUAUCAGUGUAAGUUGCUGCUCCGUAUGGUAAUGUUAUGUUUUUUUGUGGAUGGGACUAUGGUGUACAACUUAAACAAUUUAAACUCGUACUUUGUCAGUU